AUGGCAUUGAUGAAUCGUUCCAACCGGAAGAUAUUGGUCAAACUGAUUGGGGUAGGAAUAGUUGUCAUCCUUCUCAUCAUACUAAUCGAAACAUUCGAAAGAGACCACAAGACUGUUGCGAAUUUUCAAGGUUCUGGAGGAGUGGUUGGAUUCUUGCACAGGAUGACAUGGAUAACGCCUCCGAAUAAAGAACGAGUUGAUAAGGCAAAGGCUUUGAGCUAUAAGGGCAGACACAGGAAGUAUUUUUCUGAAGCACUUGUAGAUCUGUUUGGGUUUUCUAGUGAAUGCCAUCUACGUGACGCUGAUGGUACUAAAAAGGGUCUGCGUUCAACAAGCGUUAUUAUUCUUCUGCAUUCUUCCCCAUCGAGAGUGGCACUCCGGGGUAAAAUACGAGAGACAUGGGCUAGCCCUGAGGAAUGUCGGAAACAUGGUGUUCUUGUAAGAUUUGUAAUGGGUGGGCCAGCCAGUCAGGACGAGGUAGAACUGCUUAAGGAAGAGUCAGCUAAACACGGCGAUGUUUUGGUCGGGAAUUUCACUGAUACUGUCCGAGCAACCACCAUGAAAUCUCUACUUGGGCUUCGAUGGACUAUCGUAUUUUGUUCUCGAAUCGAUUACGUAAUCGAGGCCAGCGACAAAACAUUCAUGUGGUUGGACAAACUGCCGAAGCUGCUACGGACCUUUAAAAAGGAAAAGAACUCAAAGUUUAUUCUUGGGGCCCGAUCCAACUCUUCCAGAGUUGUUCAUGAAGCCUCGAGCGAGUUCUACGUCGGGAAUGCCGUAUUGAAUCGUGAAUUUUACCCAGUUUACUGCUCCCUGCAAGGAGGUAUUAUCAUGCCUUUUGCCCUGGCGGUAAAACACUACAAAUACACUUGGUCAACACCAGCAUUGGUGCCUUUUGCUGAUGCCCUGAUUGGACUUAGUGCUGAGGCGUAUGGCUGGAAGGUAAAACAUAGCCACGCUUUCUCUCUGGAACAUAUAGGACCGAAUGAUGCUUGUCCCUUGAGUUCUCGAUUCACAGCAAUAUCCCCUAUCUUUUAUAACAUUCCUACAAUCUGGCAACAGCUACAUGAUAGGAUGUACAUGAAGGAGUGUGAUAACCCAGAUCUGGAUGUAAUCUACGCGGGAAAAGUUGCAGAUAAUGCCAGGUAUUUCAAAACGGUCUUGAAAACUGUUAGAGAAAGUUCCGAGGUCAGCUGUGUGGAGCAAGAUUUGUUCAUGAUAGUGCUUAUCUCAUCCCAUCCAGCACGUAAACAUUCCCGGGACACUAUACGUGGAACCUGGGCCAACAAGGACUUCUUGGGUUCUCUCUCAAAGAAGGUCAAGGUGUUCUUUCUCAUUGGACAACCCGAUCCAUUGAAUCCUGCGCUAAGAUUAACCUUGGACGAAGAGCACGAUGAGAACCGUGAUCUCCUAGAGGGGAAUUUCCUCGACACGUUCAAGAACCUCACCUUGAAACACAUGUUCGGUUUGACCUGGACGGCAGAUCACUGCAGCAAUGCAAAGUAUUUCUUGAAGGGUGAUGACGAUGUCUUUGCAAAUCUGGAAAACAUCAUCAACCUCCUGCAGGAGAUGAACAGCCAUGGCAGGGGUCUUCGUGAACUGUACCUAGGAGAUGGAGGAAGGGAAUACCGCAACAGGGAUCAGAAUAGCAAAUACCAUGUGUCGUCUGAAGAAUACAGCGGCAGGGUCUUCCCGCAAUACUGCGUGGGUGGAGGCUACGUGCUUUCCAUGGACCUGGUAGUCCGCGUUCUGCAGGAAGCACUGCGGACACCAAUGCUGUCUUCAAGGGAUGAUGUCUUCGUUGGUAUCCUUAUGAAGAAGAUACAGGUGCCUCUAGUCUACAAUGAAGGUAUGGCGGCUCAUGAAGGUAUUGCCGAUGAUCUUCUCUCCAAGCUGGCUGAAGACAUCGAGACGGGUGAGCAGAUGGAGGCCUUAGGUCGAACGCUCGGAUUCAAGGUCGCAGACAUCAAUAGAUACACAGAGACCAAUAGGAUAGAAGGACGGGUGACUUGUAAGGGAACACGUGACAUGUUGUUUGACUGGAGACAGACCGUCGUGCCUUGCGACCAGCAUAUCAGACUGAAACAAGCUCUCAUUGACGCUGAGCUGGUCAUGCUUGCUGAUACAUAUCUCAAGAGGACACCAAUUAUUCAAGAUAUCUACAGUGAGAAGAUCUCGGAAUCCUUGACUGUUCAGCAAUGUCGCAAAAAGUUGGAGAACAAGUAUCAAGAUCAACUGUGCAAAAUUCAAAUGAAGCCAUGGGAUCGCAAUGACUAUGCUGAGUUCGAAGAUAUGCACACGGUUGUCACAAUGGUGAAGAAGGACGGUCGUGGAAAUGACACGAAAAAGAAGGAAAUACUCCAGAAUUCUGUUGCUGAAAUAUUUUCAACGAAAGUAAACGGCAAACUGCCAGCUCGAAUCCUCAUUUCGGCCCCGGCUGGACGAGGGAAGACCACGGCUGUUGCGAAGAUGGCUUAUGACUGGGUUCAUAGAGAAAAGGGGUCAGCAUUAGAACACCUGCCACUGUUGUUUGUUGUGAAAUUCCGAAACACAAGUCAGCUUACAUCGAUCGGAGAAGCCAUCAAAUCACAGCUUUUGAGUGAUGUUCAUGAUCUCACGCCAGAGGGUCUGGAGAGUUUCAUCAGAAAGAACCAGUAG